AUGGAUCCCUCUUUCGUCCAGGGGCUUCACGAGCUCCUCAAGCAGAGCAACGUCCCCGACACCAACACCGUCAAGGCCGCUACCGAGUCGUUGCAGAACAACUACUACAAGAACGCACAAUGCAUCCCUGCCCUCUUCGAGAUUCUCGCCACCUCGCCCGACCUCGCUGUGCGCCAGCUUGCCGCUGUCGAGUUGAGGAAGCGUCUUGCAAAGAGCGGAGGCAAGGUCUGGACGAAGCAGUCUGUUCAAGUCCGUGACGGAAUCAAGGCUAAACUCCUCGAGGUUGUCACCAACGAGCAAGCCACUGCCGUCCGCAACGCCAUCGCCCGUGUCAUCUCCGAGAUUGCCAAGCGCGAGCUCCCCGCUGGUUCCUGGCCCGCUCUCCUCCCCUUCCUCUUCCAGGCUGCCGACUCGCCAAAUGCUACCCACCGACAGAUCUCGCUUUUCGUGUUCUACACCGUCCUCGAGACCUUUGUCGACGGUGGUGAGGCGCUCGACAAGCACCUCCCCCAGAUCAUGCAGCUCUUCGCGAAGAGCUUGCAGGACCCCGAGAGCCUCGAAGUCCGUGUCACCACCGUCCGUGCCCUCGGCAAGGUCGCACAGAACCUCGAAAGCGAUGCUUCCGCCGACCUCGCUGCCAUGCAGUCCGCCGUGCCCCAGAUGGUUGGUGUCCUCAACCAAUGUCUUGAGCAGAGCAACCAGGAUGGUGUCCGACAGAUCCUCGACGUGCUCGAGGAGAUUUGCAUGCUCGAGGUACCCAUCAUCUCGAACCACAUCGCCGAGCUCAUCGACUUCUUCCUCGCCAACGGUGCCAACACCGAGCACGAGGAGGACCUCCGUCUCAUGUGCCUCAACUCGCUCAUCUGGAUCUGCUCUUACAAGCGCUCCAAGGUGCAGAGCCUUGGCCUUGCCAAGCACAUGAUUGUGCGUCUCAUGCCCAUCGCCGUUGAGGAAGACUCCGAUGACGUCGAUGAGGACUCGCCCUCGCGUCUCGCCCUCCGCGUCAUUGACGGUCUCGCCACCGAGCUUCCCCCCAGCCACGUCUUCCCACCUUUGCUCGAACAGAUGCAGGCCUACAUGAGCAACCAGGACCCGCACCACCGCAAGGCUGCCAUGAUGGCCUUCGGUGUCUCGGUCGAGGGCUGCUCCGAGUACAUUCGCCCGCACAUGAAUGACCUCUGGCCCUUUGUCGAGGCCGGUCUCAAGGAUCACGAGGCUGUCGUGCGCAAGGCCGCGUGUGUGGCUCUCGGCUGCCUUUGCGAGAUGCUCGAGGAGGAGUGUGCUGCUAAGCACGCCACCCUGCUUCCCGUCAUUAUGGAGCUCGUCAACGACCCUGCCACCCAGCGAUCCGCCUGCACUGCUCUCGACUCGCUCCUCGAGGUCAUGGGUUCCGACAUUUCGCAGUACCUGCCUGCCAUCAUGGAACGUCUCGCCGGUCUUCUCGAGACGGCCCCCAUCCCCGUCAAGGCCACCGUCACGGGUGCUAUUGGCAGUGCCGCCCACGCCUCCAAGGAAGGCUUCCUGCCUUACUUUGACCAGACCAUGCAGCGCAUUAAGCCUUUCCUCACCCUCACCGAGGAGGGCGAUGCGAUGGACCUGCGCGGCAUCACCACUGACACGGUCGGCACCUUUGCCGAGGCUGUGGGCAAGGAGGCUUUCCGCCCCUACUUCCAGGACCUGAUGAAACUCGCCUUUGAGGGCAUGGACCUCAACAACCCGCGUUUGCGCGAAUGCAGCUUCAUCUUCUUUGCCGUCAUGUCGCGCGUGUUUGGCGAGGAAUUUACUCCCUUCCUCCAGCACGUCGUGCCCAGGCUCAUCCAGUCGUGCCAGCAGUCGGAGCAUGACCCUGUCCCUGGCGCUUCGGGCGAUGGCACUAUCAAUGGCAUUGGCAUUCCCGGCAUCAGCGCCGGUGGCGACGACGAUGACGACGAUGGCUUUGUCGACAUUGAUGAGCUCAACGACGCCUUCCUCAACGUCAACUCGGCAAUCGCCAUCGAGAAGGAGGUCGCCGCCGACUCGCUCGGUGAGAUCUUUGCCCACACCAAGUCGGGCUUCUUGCCUUACAUCCAGGAGUCAGUCGAGCAGCUCGUCAUCCUGCUCGAACACUUCUACCAGGGCAUCCGCAAGAGCGCUGUUUCCGCGCUCUUCACCUACAUCAACACGCUCAAUGAGCUUAGCAACCCGCAGCCAUGGCAGGCUGGUGUGCACGUCAAGGUGCCACUGAACGCCGACGUGCAGAAGCUCGUCAAUGCAGUCAUCCCUGCCGUCAUGGAGAUGUGGGAGAGCGAAGAUGACCGAACCGCCGCAAUCGAGGUGUGCCAGUCUUUGGCCGAGUGCCUCAACAAGAACGGACCAGCCAUCAUUGCGCCCGACCACCUCGAUGUGGUGUGCACCUACACGAUCAUGAUCCUCGAAAAGAAGAGCCCACCCCAGCUCGACUCGGAGAUCCCUGAGGAGGAGAACGAGGAGGCUUCCGAGUACGAGUCGGUCUUGGUCUCGGCUGCUUCCGACCUGGUCGGCGCUAUGGCCAACGUGCUCGGCGCCGACUUCACGGACCCACUGAAGCAGUUCAUGCCGCAGAUCAUGAAGUACUACACGCCAGGCCGCUCGAUGAGCGACCGAUCCACCGCGAUCGGCUCGCUGGGCGAGAUCAUCACGGGCAUGAAGAGCGCCAUCACGCCCUUCACUCAGGAUAUCCUGUCGUUGCUCUCUCGCGCACUUUCGGACGAGGAGGCCUCGGUACGAUCCAACGCCGUCUUUGCGUCGGGCGUGUUGAUCGAGAACACGCAGGCUGACCUGAGUGCGCACUUCCCAGCGCUGCUGAACGCCAUCCGCCCCUUCUUUGAGAAGGGCCAGAAUGAGUCGGACGAGGUGGUGACGGCACGCGACAAUGCUUGCGGCUGCCUUUCGAGGAUGAUCAUCAAGAACGCCGAUGCGGUGCCGCUGGACCAGGCACUGCCCAUCCUGUUCUCGUCGUUGCCGCUGCAGAAGGACAUGGCCGAGUGGUCGCCCGUACUGCACUGCAUGAUGAACCUGAUCCAGGCCAACAACGCUGUGGCGUCGCAGAACAUUGACACCAUCCUACAGCUGUUUGCCCACGUGCUUGCCGGUGACGAGGACAACCUUGGAGCGCUGCUGCGGGGCCAGGUGUGCGGCUUUGUGAGCCAGCUCAACACACAGAUCCCGGACAAGGUGCAGGCGGCGGGUCUGCAGCAGUACCUCGUAUGA